UAUUUUUUCGAGUUAUCAAAAUAAAUAAGUAUGGUGAGUAUUAAUUUCGUUUCAAUUGAAGAUUUUAACCGGUUAAAUUACUAAUUGAAGUAAUUAGCGACGAAUUAAUAUCGAAUUAAUACGCCAAAAUCGGUUCCUAAUUCACGUAAUGUGCCAUUGAAGCUGAACCAAUCAUAAUGGAAACUCUGACUUAUAUUUUGUGUUUGGUGGUUACAGGAGCGUUACUAUUUCUUUCUAUAUAUUUCAUAAUUACACUUUCAGAUUUAGAAUGUGAUUACUUGAAUGCAACCGAAUGUUGUGAUAAGUUGAACGUCUGGAUUAUACCUCGAAUUGUCGGUACAUGUGUUCUUCUUAUGCUGUAUGUGUUUGCUGGGAACUGGUACCUUGUGGGUGGCAAUAUGUUAUUUAUAAGCUUCCUAAUCCAUCAAAAAUUCACCGUGCCACGAGGUAAUUUAGGAGUUUAUGAUCCCACAGAAAUCCAUAAUCGUGGACAAGUUCGUAAAAAUAUUCAACAGUGUUUGAUGGUCAUCGGAUGGUUCCUUAUGAACUUCUUCCUCGAUAUGUAUCUCGGAAUUUUAUCGAUUUUGAAAGGUGAUAAUUUCUCAGACUUGGCAACUUUGGAAGCUGAGGGUAUACCGUAUAAUUCAUCUGUGUGAUAUCGUACAACGUAUUUCACCCGGAAGCUAGUCAUAUUUCGCCAAAUUCCCUUUCCCUUUCCCUAUCCUACGGAAGGUUGUGAGAUCUCAUCGAAAAGAGUAUCUAAAGUGUAUAAAAAUAUCCUUUCAUACGAUGGCAUCGUGUAAUUGUAUAUAAUUGUUUGAUUAUUUACUUAUUUAUAUUAAGCAUAUCAAACUUCGUAGCUUCGAUGAUUGUUUAUUCGUAUCGGCUCUGUAUUCGUAUAUUAAGGUAGAUGUUUUCUAUUCUUUUAUGAUUUUCUAUUUGCGCUGAUUUGCGGUUUUGCAUUCUUAUUAAAUGUGUAUCGUUUUAUUGUA